GCCGGGUGGGAGGUAUAUAAGCCCCCGGGGAAGUAGCCAAGCCGCGGCUUCACUCAAUCUUCUCUUCUUCGAGCUUCUUACACUUCACACAUACCGUCUCAGCAUGGCACCCAAGAAGGCCAAGAGGAGGGCAGGUGGAGGAGAGGGAUCCUCCAACGUCUUCUCCAUGUUUGAGCAGAGCCAGAUUCAGGAGUACAAAGAGGCUUUCACAAUCAUUGACCAGAACAGAGACGGUAUCAUCAGCAAGGAUGACCUGAGGGACGUGUUGGCCUCAAUGGGUCAGCUGAAUGUGAAGAAUGAGGAGCUGGAGGCCAUGAUCAAGGAGGCCAGCGGCCCAAUCAACUUUACCGUCUUCCUCACCAUGUUCGGAGAGAAGCUGAAGGGUGCUGACCCCGAGGAUGUUAUCCUGGCCGCUUUCAAGGUGCUGGACCCUGAGGGCACAGGCACCAUUAAGAAGUCUUUCCUGGAGGAGCUCCUGAGCACUCAGUGCGACAGGUUCUCACAAGAGGAGAUUAAGAACCUGUGGACCGCCUUCCCCCCAGAUGUGGCUGGCAAUGUUGACUACAAGAACAUCUGCUACGUCAUCACACACGGAGAGGAGAAGGAGGAGUAAGGAAAGAGAAACAGCUCGAAGAAAAGAAAGAAGAAGCGAUGACUCUGCGUCCCUCACUGCUCUGCCCUCUCAGUCUGUUCUUCUGUCCUCAUUUUCCGUGGUUUCCUUCCUUUCCUCCUUCCUUUUGCUACUCUCUAGCACUUGUUUCCUCCAUGUGUUCUCUUCAAACAUUCAUCCAAAGCAAGCAAAGACUCGUCUCCUAGAGACUCCAACCCGAAAGAGGCUAAAAUCUGUGGUGUCCUUCAGUGGGGAAUCGUUUUCAAUAAAAUGACCUUUUACCAUCAUCUCCAUCUCUCCUUCUCUCACUCUCUCUCUUUCACUCAUUCCUGUUCCUUCCUCUCUUUUCUACCUCUCUGUCAUUUAACACCACUAGCCACAUGCUACGUAAGCAUGCAUGAAAGCUAGGGCUAGCCUUGCUAAUGUACACAUUUAGCCCAGCCUAGCCUCCUCCUUAGGCCGCUCUUUGCUGUCUUAGCUGCAACAGCUGAUUAGUUUGAACAGAAAGAGCUGUAGUCGCUCACCCUGGAGGUCUAAAACGCAAACGGUGGGAUCUCUUUCUACAAUAGAGCAACCUGGACCCACCAUUUUGUUUCCAAACCAUUGACGAGCAGGAAAAAUCAUAAGAGGAGGAAAAAAAAAGGAAAGGCACAAUGAGAAGGCCUGGUCUCCUAAAAGCGAUGGCUGGCUUGUCACCGAGGGAGAGAGGAAGAGAGGCGGUCCGCAGAGGAGUGGAGAGUGGCGACGGAAAGAAACCAUUUCCUUCUUCUCUCCCUCUCUCCCCUCCUCUGUGUCUUAUGUUAAUCCAUCCACUCCUUUUCUAUCCUCGCCUGGGCUUUGCUUUGCUCUGUCACCCACUCUUCUGUAACCAAUAAAAAGAGAGAAACUGUGAAUAAAGCAAACUUAUCUUUCGUA